UGGUAAGAACUUCUGUUCCAGUAUACGCGCAUCUGAAGCACACAGGGCAAAGGAAGUCGGUUUUUAACCGCGCUUUAGCACCCAGAGACUCCCGCCUUAUUUCGGAGUCACUGCUGAAACUUUCGUUUUAAGUUAAGUAGCUUCUACUGACAUGGCUGAGAAGGUAGACCUCGAGGAAGUCAAGACAUCCAACGGUGAGGCGCACCGCGAUGAGCCGAUGGCCAACGGGCUCGCCGGGCCGAAGAAGAGCAGCCCGGAGCCGCUGGUCGAGCGGGUGAAGAGGAUCGUCAGAGCGAACCUGCUGGUGAUCCUGACCGUGGCCGGGGUCAUAGUUGGGGUCUUCAUCGGGCUCGGCGUGCGCAACGCGUCGCUGACCGAAACCCAGAAAAUCCACAUCGGCUUCCCUGGCGAGAUCCUCAUCCGGCUGCUGAAGAUGAUCAUCAUCCCCCUGGUGGUGUGCAGCUUGGUGUCCGGAGCGGCGAGCAUCGACCCCAAAGCCCUGGGGAAACUGGGCGGCUGGGCCAUGCUGUUCUUCUUGGUGACCACCUUGAUAGCCUCCUCCAUCGGCGUGGUGAUGGCUUUCAUCAUCAAGCCGGGGAACGUGGACGUGAUCAACGCGGUUGACCAAGGCCAAGCGGACGGUGACGUCCCGGCCCACAAAGAGAUUGUAGACUCCUUUUUGGACUUGAUAAGAAACAUCUUCCCCUCCAAUUUGGUGUCUGCUGCCUUUCGGUCGUAUGUAACCUCCUACCGCACUGUAAUAAAGAACAGCACCCAGGACAACAGCCUGAACCUCACCGUUGAAAUGGUUCCCAAGGGUACAGAACAAGAGGGCAUGAACAUCCUUGGCCUGGUUGUCUUCGCUAUCGUUUUUGGUGUGGCUCUGAGGAAGCUGGGUGAGGAAGGAGAGAUCCUCAUCAAGUUCUUCAACUCCUUCAACGAGGCCACCAUGAUUCUGGUCUCCUGGAUCAUGUGGUACGCUCCUCUCGGUAUCAUGUUCCUCGUCGCCGGUAAGAUUGUGGAGAUGGACGACGUCGCCAAGCUGUUCGCUAGCCUGGGAAAAUACAUCGCCUGCUGCAUGAUCGGCCACGCCAUCCACGGCCUGCUGGUACUGCCGGGCAUCUACUUCGUCAUCACCCGGAAGAACCCGUACACCUUCCUCUGGGGCAUUUUCACAGCGUUAGCCACGGCUUUCGGAACGAGCUCCAGCUCUGCCACCCUGCCCCUCAUGAUGAAGUGCGUGGAGGAGAAGAACGGCGUGUCCAAGCACAUAAGCCGCUUCAUCCUGCCCAUCGGCGCCACGGUCAACAUGGACGGGGCCGCCCUCUUCCAGUGUGUGGCGGCGGUUUUCAUUGCCCAGCUGAACAACACCAGUCUCAACUUUAUCCAAGUCAUAACCAUCCUGGUGACGGCUACAGCGUCCAGUGUUGGAGCAGCGGGUAUACCUGCAGGAGGUGUGCUGACUCUAGCUAUUAUCCUGGAAGCAAUAGGACUACCCACCACUGACAUCUCUCUCAUCCUGGCCGUUGACUGGCUUGUUGACCGUACCUGCACGGUGCUGAACGUGGAGGGCGACGCCUUCGGCGCGGGGCUCCUGCAGUUCUUCGUGGACAGAACGUCAAAACGCGAAGGAGUAGCGGAGCUCAGCGAGGUCCGGACCACCCCCGAGCACUCGCCGCUCAUCGACAAACGAGGCCUGGAGGGGGCAAAGGCGGACCCUUCUGCCGAGAAAGAGUCAGCCAUGUAAAUCCGGCUGGUGACUUUUAUGGCAAAAGGAAAGUCCGAGCUUCCCCCCUUUUUUGCUGCGUGCCCUGAAGGAAAAGAGUGCAAGGAGAGAGGACGGACCUGCACACUACAAUGCAAAGCAAGCACUCUCGGACCCGAAACGCUUUUCUGGUGGGGGUGCAGCUAAAUUCUUAUGGGAUGCUUUAGAAACCAUAAUACACUCAGUGGGUUAUUUAAAUUUUUUUAGGGGAAUAUGAGACUGAUUUAUUUUAUUUUUUAUUCCCCCCUCUCAAGUUUAUUUGUUGCAUUCGGUUGGUUAGCCCUGAAGUCAGAAUGCAAUGCCACUCAAAAGAUGUUCAAGAGGCCAGUGUGCGCAGCCGCAGGAAAUGGACUAAACACGUCGAGGUUGGCAGCGGAUGAUGCGUUUAUUCAUGCUGGACAAAUGAAUAUAAGGGUCUGUUGCUAAAUCUUAUGUGCGUCACUGUUCUUCUGAGCAAAACUAUCUUUUUAUAUAAAAAAAAAAAAAAAAUCCAUGCCUGACUAACAUAGUUUCCAUAGUUGCCAUAUGGAGAUUUAAAUGUGUCAGGUUUAUUUUUUUAUGCUGCGUAUGAAAUCAAACCAACAAGAAUAAUAUGUUUUUCCAAAUGGGCUCUAGAUAAAACCAAACACGAGUAGCGCCACUUUCCUGGAGGCGUCCUCCGGGGUUGAAUGUAAACUGCGUGCGGUUUGUCGGCUGCGACGGAUUCUGGAUGGACAUUUUCGUAGAUUUGCGUCGGCGCAGUGGUGCUCAAGGGUUACGAGCUGCGCGGCGGAAACACGGUCGUGUUGUUUUUGUCUGUCAUUGAAUCUCUAGAAUGAGAGUCCUGAUGCCUUUUUAUUUUUUUUAAAUCAGAAAACGUGACCAAUCAUUUGUGACCAACAAUUUUAGAGGUUCAUUGUAGUUUUCCUGAACAAAAAGUUUUAUUUUUUUUUCAAUUGAAAUAGACACUUUGAUAAGAUAAACAUCAUUUGCAAACUACACCAUGCUGCUUUAAUCUGUGAUCAUUUCUCCUCAACGAGGUGAUUUCUGAGCAAAAAAAAGAAAAAAAAAUACUUGUUCAACCAGUUUUUGCUCCUGAAAGCUGCUGAAAGUAAAGCACACACAGCUGCUGAUAGUAGCUAAGGCAGGGUUUUUUUAAUCAUUUGUUUUGACUAUCUUAAAUCAUUUCAGUCUACAGUGUGGGGACACGUGAAGGUUUAAUUUGGAGGGCUGAGUAACAGAGGACGGAUUUUUAAAUCAGGUUCCAGGCCAAAUUCUAUUUAAAUACAUAUAAAAUGCAUUUUUUUUUUUAGUUUUACUUAGAAUUUUAUUUCCGUUGAAAAACCAAAGGUACAAUCUGUAACUACCUGCACUAUAUUUAGAUUAUUGGAAUCAUAUGUUCUGUUAUUGGUUCCUUUACAUCUCUUAGCAUCCCAUCCAUUGCAAUGAUCCCUUGGUGAGGGAGACAUGCAACUCCCCAGGCUGCAAGGAAGUAGUUCAUCUAAAUGCCUUACACCUGCCUGAAAAUGGCCAUAAUAAUACUUGGAAAAAUAUAGUAUUGUUAGUUUUUUUUGUUGUUGUUUGGACGAUGUUAUUGACAGCUUUUUUUGUCUGAUAACUCUGGUUAUUUGUAACCAUAUGUUCUCUUAAUGUUUGAUAUUUUUCCCAUGUUGAAGGGUAAACGCAAUAGAAUUAUGCUAUUCUGAAAGAUACCAGAUGAGAUUUUAGCCUCAUUAUUUUUCCAAAUUAAAAUGAAGGAGCGUAAGCAGUGUAGCUCUAGUCUCCUUUUAAAAGGACUCUACCUUUUUAAUAAAGACAACAAAGCCUCAGGUUUUAAUGUCUGCCUUGUUACUCAGGUACUCUGAGACCAAAAAUCAAAGUGAGACGCCUGAACUCUUGAGCACACACAAAACCUUAAUAUUUUUCUUUCUUUUUUUCAUAUCCCCUGAUUUACACGUGCUGCUUCUGUGCAGGCUGCGGAUUUUUAUGGGUGUAUAAAUAGAGUGAUGAACACUGUAGCUUGCAUAAUGUAUGGCAUGCAUACCGUGGCCCGCCGUGUCGAGUCUCAAGUUACCUUCAGCUACAGACGUACAUUUUUAGAUGCACACCCAGAACCCGGUGGGUUUGUCUUACCGUUGAGCUGUAAAAGGAUGUCUUAUUGGGAUUUAUUUAUGUAUUUAGAACAACAGUCACCAGGCCUGUCACGAUAAACAAAUCAAUUAAUUGGAUGAAAAUUUGUAAUCAUGUGGUUAAAGAAGAUAAGAUGGAUUAAUUUGUAUUUGCACUAGCUUUUUGAUUUAAAAAAAAAUAAAAAUAAAUUAGCAUCCAGCUAAUUUUUUUUUUUUUAUUGUGACAGGCCUAACAGUCACAAGAGGAAACACAUCUGUUUGAAGCAAUUGGCGUCUCUAUGUGUUUUUCUUUUUUUCUUCUUUUUUCUCCAUGAUCAGUUAUCUGUUUAUUUUUAAUCUAAAUCCAAAGGAUCUUUUUUGGCAAUGUGCUUUGACAUAGUAGUAACUCCAUAACUGGCUUUUCUUUCCCCAAUUCUCCUAAAUGGAUGGCGAUAGACUUGCUGCUUCGAUGACGGUGAGGCUGAAUGACAUGAGUGGUUUGCACACUAAAGAAGUCAUUUUUCUCAAGACAAAAAUAGUUUGCUUGUUUUUCCAACACACCUCCAAUGUUUUAGGUGGAAAUUAUUUCAGCAGAAUUGAAUAUUUUUGCCUUUGAUUUGUGACUUUGUAGCAGACUCGAGGUCUCAUCAUUUCUCCUGUGAAGUCCCGUAUGUUGUGGGAAUCUGAUGAAAUAUUCGACAUUGUUCCACCACAGCUGUUUAACUGUUACUCCUUUGAGGUUUCAAUGCAAUUGUCUUCUUCGUGAAAUCUAUAAAUGUGGAGGUUUUUAUCAAUUGCAUUAUUUUUGUCGCAAUAAGGCUAUAUUUAGAAAAACUAUUGUACUGUACGCCUGCUGUCAUUUGCUUUAAACAGUAAAAUCUUCUUUCUUAAA